GCUAUGCAAGCUCUGAUAGGAUUGAAUAUAGCAUUCGAGGUUCUGUCUCAUGGUUUGCUCAAACCAAGCUGAUCCUGGCCAGAAACGGCAGCAACUGCUCUUUAAGUACCUGCAGCAGAGAUCCACAGAACAACACCCAGUCUGCAGCUACUCGGAAGUAUGCUUUCUUACUGCAACAGCAACGUUGCAUGCAAUUGGGUCAGGCAUGCCUCAAUCCCACGUCAUAAGCCUAAGGACUUCUCCAUUCAAAUAUCCGCGACGGUCUCAAGAUCACUCUGGGCCCUGUGCAGCCUCUGGAAACCUUUGGUCAACUGAAUAUGUUGCUGUCAAGCUUCUGGAUAUGGGCAACCUAUCUCAUUCUUGGCCUCGCUGCUCAGUCAACUCAAGGCAUCCUUGACCUAGUGGAGAGACGAUUGCCGAACCAUGUCGAUGACUUCGAAUUCCGGCUUCUCACAAACUGGGCAGGAAACAGUACGAAACCCACGAAUGACAAUUAUAUUGUCUCUUCGACAACGGCUGGGAAGAUUCUAGUUGAAGGAAACUCGCUGAGCGCACUUUCAAGCGGUCUCCAUCGAUAUCUCACGGAUGUCGUUCAUGUGGAUAUUUUCUGGUACAUUGGUAACCAGUUAGAAGUCGGCCCCUCGACUUUGCCAGCUUUGAACGCUGCUCUCACAGGAUCCAGCAUCGUCCCCUGGAGGUAUCAUUUCAAUACGGUAACUUUUUCAUACACCGCUGCAUUUUGGACAUGGGAAGACUGGGAACUAGAGCUCGACUGGCUAGCUCUCCGGGGCGUGAACUUGCCUCUCGCCUGGGUUGGACAAGAAAAGAUCCUCGUCGAAGUCUUCCAAGAACUUGGAAUGACCGACGAUGAUCUUUUCUCUUAUUUCAGUGGACCUGCCUUUCAAUCUUGGAACCGAUUUGGGAACAUCCAAGGAUCGUGGGGAGGAGAUCUACCCUUGGAAUGGAUCGACAAUCAAUUCGAGAUGCAGAAAAACAUCACAAAACGAAUGGUCGAACUCGGGAUGACACCCGUGCUUCCGUGCUUCACUGGUUUUGUUCCUCGAGCAAUUUCAAGAGUUUUACCGAAUGCUACGAUUGUGAAUGGAUCUGACUGGAGCGGCUUCCCGGCUGAGUAUACAAACGUGACUUUCCUAGAGCCCGUUGACCCAACAUUUGCAGCACUUCAGAAGAGUUUCAUCACCAAGCAGGCUGAUGCUUUGGGAAACAUCACUCACAUCUAUACCCUCGAUCAGUACAAUGAGAACAACCCAUACUCAAUAGAUCUGGACUACCUCAGGAAUGUAUCCUACAAUACCUGGCAGAGUCUCAAAGCUGUGGAUCCAGAUGCAAUCUGGAUGAUGCAAGGCUGGCUCUUCUUCUCCCUCUCAAGUUUCUGGACGAAUGAGCGUAUCGAAGCAUAUCUAGGUGGCGUCGAGGACGACAAAGACAUGAUAGUCAUCGAUCUCUUUUCUGAAACCGCACCUCAGUGGCAGAGAACGAAUUCCUAUUUCGGGAAACCUUGGCUUUGGUGUCAGCUGCAUAAUUUUGGUGGAAAUCUUGGACUGUAUGGACAGAUCAUGAAUGUGACCAUCAAUCCGAUCGAGGCACUUGCCAAUUCGAGCUCUUUAGUUGGAUUUGGCUUGACGAUGGAAGGUCAAGAAGGGAAUGAGAUUAUGUAUGACCUCCUCUUAGACCAAGCAUGGUCCGCAUCGCCUAUCGAAACUGCAACAUACUUCUCAAACUGGGUGACCCGUCGGUAUGCCGGCAAUGGCCCCGUUCCCAGCGAGCUAUAUAUAGCAUGGGAAAUGAUGCGCACGACAGUCUACAAUAACACCAACUCCAGCGUCCAAGCAGUCACAAAAUCAAUUUUCGAGCUGACGCCAAAUAUCACUGGAAUGUUCCGUGCCGGGCACCACUCAACAGCCAUCACAUACUCUCCCAACACCCUGGUAACAGCAUUCAACCUCAUGUUCAACGCCUCAAAAACAAAUCCAGAGCUGUGGAACAAUGCAGCUUAUCAAUACGACAUGGUUGAUGUCACUCGACAAGUAUUCAGCAACUCCUUCGAUCAGAUGUAUCGCUCUCUCGUCUCAGCAUACACGUCGUCUAAUACUUCAAACACCACCAUCUCCACAUUGGGCAAGAAUAUGACCUCUCUUCUCACAACUCUCGAUAGGGUCCUGAGCACCAACCCCGCUUUCUCCCUCUCUACAUGGCUCUCCGCCGCUCGAGCAGAAAGCACGAAUGCAACGCUUCAGAGCUUCUAUGAAUAUAAUGCUCGGAACCAGAUCACUCUAUGGGGACCUAGCGGAGAGAUCAGUGAUUAUGCAUCCAAAAGCUGGGGCGGGUUGUUGAAUGGAUAUUAUGUACCUAGGUGGCAGAUGUUUGUCAGUUAUCUGCUUGAGGUGCCAGUCGCGAGGUAUAAUUACACGGAAUUGAAUAGCCGAUUUUUGGCUUUUGAGCUCAAGUGGCAGACGCAAGGGAUGAAUGGGACGGUGCAACAGACUGUUCUUGAACAGGCAGGAGGAAAAUUACAAAUUCUUCUUGAGGGUGUGGUGGGGAGCUCAGACAAUGUCUUUCGGUAGAGCUAAUUGGAUUAUGACCUUGCAUCUAUCGAGAGCAAAUGUACCAAGAUGACGGCUAACAAUGUUGCCAAGGU